UAAGCACAGCAGUCACAAUGUCUCAUGAGCGAGGAGAGCGCGAAGCCCCGGAACUAGGCCUGACAUCGUAUCUGGAAUUCUGGGACCCAUUGAGGCGCCUGCGAGAGCAGCCAUCUCCCCUGUGCAUCCUGGAGACCAAGCGGGCCCUGGUCGACAUCUACAGCAAGCCAGUUCCAGGAAACUAUGUCGUGACUGACCAGGACGACGUCACCAGAAUCCAGGCGCUCCUGCUCGGACCCGCCGGGACGCCUUACGAGGGUGGAUUCUUCUGGUUCGUGAUGAGGUGCCAACCCGAGUACCCCGCGAAGCCUCCACAGGUGCGUCUCAUGACCACGGACGGCGGACGUGUGCGUUUUGGCCCCAACUUCAACGAGAGUGGCAUGAUUUGCCUUAGCAUCCUCGGCACCUGGCCAGGGACUACCUGGAAGCCGGCGGACCGCAUUCGCGGCGUGCUAAACGCGCUUUUGUCGUUGAUGACAGAAGAGCCGUACUUCAACGAACCCGCUCUCGUGAAGCGAAAGGAACCGGGCGAGGCUAGCGGAUACAACGACUACCUCCGCCACGAAACCAUCCGGGUUGCCGUGUGCAACACGGUCGAAGCUUGCCUUCAGAACAAGGCCCCGCAAGAUCCGCGCCUGCAGACCGUCAUCCUGAACGCAUUCGUGGAGCUCUACGGAAAGUACGUCGAGCUAGUCCAAGGUCAGCUCCAUCUGACUGGAUGCGAGAUGAAAGACCCAUUUAGCUCCAGGACGGUAACAUGCAGAUACCACCUGCUGCUGGCCCGACUCCAAGGCUUGUACCGCCGCAUUGUUGGUGAAUGAGGGCCAGACUGUGACGAAGACCAGCGCUUGUGUAACGCCCACAUCAAUACCUGCUAGAUCGGCGCACGGCUGAAGAGUAGUGGGGAUACCGUUUAUUUUUCUUUUCACUGGAGACGUCUUUUUGAACGGGGAGCGCUGCUUGAAAAAUAAAAAAAUGCA